AAAAAAAAAAAGGUCUAGAUCUCCGAUUUCUAUUUUCUUCCUGUCUCUUUCAUCAAAAUUUCUCGGUGACGAAAGAGAGACGAGAAACGUCUCUAACACUGAAGCAAAACAAGAAGAAGAAGAAGAAGAUAGACUUCUAUUAAAAAUUUCCCGUGUUCUCAGCCCUUUUUCUUUAGGCCGUUGUUUUCUUAUUUUGCCAACAAGAAAUUUCCAACUUCUCUUCCUUUUCACACCCAUCUCUUCCCAUUUUCCCUUCCACUUUCCGUUCCAUUUUCCGGGAAAAUUUUUCCAAUGGGCAAGACGGGAUUGUUCGAUUUGGAGAGGCAAUUUUCGUUCUAUGGAGCGUAUCACAGCAACCAAAUAAACAUUCUGAUUCACACCUUGUUUGUGUGGCCAAUCGCGUUCACUUUGCUCGUUCUUCUCUAUUUCACACCUGUUCUGAUCGAAUUCCCAUCUGGGUUUGACUCGAUUGGCCGUGGAGUUCUGGCUUUGAAUAUGGGUUUUGUUUUCACGGUCAUCUACAGCUUGUUCUAUAUCGCCAUGGAUAAGAAAGCUGGCUCUUUGGCUGCUUUCCUCUGUUUUCUCUGCUGGGUUGGAGCCAGUUUUCUUGCUAGUUCGCUUGGCUACUCCUUGGCUUGGAAGGUCGUGCUGGCUGCUCAAUUAUUGUGCUGGACCGGACAAUUUAUAGGACAUGGGGUGUUUGAGAAACGUGCACCUGCUCUUCUGGACAAUCUUGUUCAAGCCUUUCUGAUGGCUCCUUUCUUUGUUGUGCUUGAGGUUCUUCAAACGUUAUUCGACUACGAACCUUAUCCAGGAUUUCGUACAAGUGUGAAAUCGAGGAUUGAAGCUGAAAUCCAAGAGUGGCAAGAGAAGAAACAAAAGAAAGUCUCUUAAAUUAGAGUAUAUUACAUCUGAUGAUACGGGUUCUAUAAUCCUCUUGAGAAGAGGAAAAGCUAGAUUAACUAUAUUGGUUGUUGUAUAUUGUCAAACAGCUCUACACUGUCUGUGACUUUUCAACAGAUGAACUAUGUGCCUUUGCAAAGAAUGUCUAAGUCCUGAAACAAUUUAUGUUUUCUUUUCAA